AUGGCUGUCGCCGUGGACCCAGAGUUUCCUUGCUCGCUCGUCAUUGACAUCCCGCUGCCGACUGAGCGCCUUGCUUCCUUUGCGUUGCAGGCCCUACAGGUUGACAAGGAGCUAUCUGCGCUCGUAUGCCGCACGCUGACUCUCGUUGCGCCGACGUCGGAUGCGAAUUGUGACAAGACUGUGCUGCGCACCGAAUACAAGGCUACGACGAACAGAAUGCUUCGUGUUGCCGUCAAUGGCUUCAUGGAGAGCUUGUCUGUAGCCCUGUCUAUGAUGGAGGAGUUGGAUGUUGAUGUACUGGACACAUGA